AGCAGGACAAUACCAGCCAGACCUUAUCAUAACAAGCGAGAUGGACCAGCACGGAGAGACAGCUUCCUGGGUAUUGAUGACAGUAGAGAAUGCAUGAUUUGCAGUGGAUAUACCAUCAUUUGCUCUACAUCCUUCCAUGUCUCUCGUCCAGACUACAUCAGGCCCCCAGCUUCUACAUGUGCAGUAAGGCACCAUAGAGGAGUUGACCCCUUGACUAUUUUGGAGCCAAGCUCAAGCUUUCUAGGAUAUAUUGGGUUGCCUAAUGCAUGCACAGAAGUUGGUGUGACUAUUCUUUAUCUGCUGUGCCCAAGACCCUGGACGGCGGCGUCCAUAGCUCCCUGCAACAGUGGACGCCCCUUGUUUGUGGGACACGUCCAGAGUAACGCUGCCGUCCUCACGGGGCGCCGAGUGCAGAGGGAUCCACGCCACUUGGCUUCUCCCACUGCACCUGGACAUGGACUCAGUUUUUGGUGAUGACAUCAGCAUCAUUGCCCAGGAGACAUUGGCGCAAGAGGACGAGGAGGAGGAAGACGACUGGGUGGACAGUCCCAACACUGACCAGUCAGGGGACAUGUGCUCUGCUUCACAUUUUGCUUUAAUAACUGCAUAUGGUGACAUCAAGGAGCGUCUCAGUGCCCUGGAGAGAGAUAAUGCAAUGCUGCGCAGGAAACUCAAAGUCUAUGAAAUCAAGUAUCCUAUUAUCACUGAAUUUGGGGAUGAGCAGAACUUUUCACCUUAUGAUAUUAAAGAAGGAUCUCUGCUCUGCAAUGAUGUCUCCCAGCAUGAGCUUCAAAAUUGCCAAGAAAAAGAAGAGCAGCUGGGAGAGAUAGUGCGUGCAUGUGAAAAGAUGUGCGCAGAGAGGAGCGAGCUGCAUGAGGAGUUAAGUGAAAUGAAGGGCCUUGUUCUGAGCCACGUAGCCCACAUCCAGUCUCUGGAGCAGCAGCUACAGAUGUGUGCCGAACCGCACCCUUUCCCAGGCUCUGCUCUCUCGGAUCCUGACAUGCAGUAUCUGUCGCUGCACCAUGGACCAGAUAUGCCACAUGUUUUAGAACAUCCAGUUAACUGGCAGGCUCCCCGCAGCUUGGACUUACAGCGUGAUAUGGCAGCACAGAGGAGAGAAGCUGAGCUGGAAGAGGCAAAAAGAGAUUUGCAAAAUGCUCAACGCAGGGAGAAGCAACUAAAGGAAGAUGUUCUGCGUCUUGAAGAAGAGCUUAAACGACUGCAGGAGACCAGGGAGCAGGAACUGGCAAAUGGACAGACGCAGCGGGAGAUGGCAUGGCUGAAGGAGGUGGGAGACGACCAGGUGAAUUUGGCCUUGGCGUACACUGAACUGACAGAGGAGCUUUACCGUCUACGUGAUCUUACUGCCCUGCAAAGCCGUAUUCUGAGGUCACUGCUAGAGGAACAGACAGGACACUCCCCUCCACAUCGACACUCUCCUCAGUUGCGCCACUCGCCUUCUUCUCUCCGCCACUCUCCUUCCUCUCAACGACGCUCCCCAGUCCCACAGUGUCCAUCUCCCAUUUUGCAGAGAAGAUCUCCUGCCCCACAGUCUCCAGUCCACCGUCGGUCCCCAGUACCACCUUCUUCACCCUCACGUAGAUCUCCUGUACCCUCACCAUGCCCAUCACCUGUGGGCACAGAUAUUUCAUAUCCUAAGCCCUCAGUGCACCAAGCAAAAGCAUCAUUCCAAGCCCGUCGCAGCUAUUCUGAGAUCAGUGAGCCUGCAAUGUAUCCACGAACACCCCGCUCCCUAUGGAUGCCAGCUGGAACUGCAACUCUGCCCAAGCAGUUGUCCUACAAUGAGGGGUAUGCUGGCAGCCCACCUACUGUCCCUUGCUUCCAAGAACCCCCACAGCAGUCCUCCGAUGAGGAUGAGUGGAGUCCCCCAUCCCCACCUAGUCCAGAACCUGGAGCAGUACGUUGUGCUUCCUUUUGUGCUGGAUUCCCCAUUCCUGAUGCAGCAAAUAGAAGAAUGUCAGCAUCAUACUCCAGAGCAGAACAUGCACAGUCCUGGCCGUCCAUAAAUUUACUGAUGGAGACAGUGGAUUCGGAAGUUCGAAGCUGCCCUCUCUGUCAGCUGGCUUUCCCAGUUGGAUACCCCGAUGAUGUUCUAAUAAAGCAUAUUGACUCCCAUCUUGAGAACAGCAAGAUCUAAUAGAUUGCUAAAUUUUGGGAAAUGGCAAGUUUUGGGAUCCAAAACAAAUUUAAACACAUACUAAUGGCAGAACAGGAUAAUAAACCCAGUCCUUAUUAUACAGUCUUCAAGAACGUAGUAUGUUGUGUAAUGAUACUAAGUAUCUACAGUAUGACUGCAGAAUCCAGUAUAAUGAUGGAUCCUGAACACGGCGAGUUGUACAAUGAGAAUCAAUGAUAAUUCGGUAACACAGAUGGGUAUUUAAUGCAAGUCUUUGCACAUUAUUAUAUUGAUGACUAGACAGUCACCUUUAAAGAACACUGUAAAGUGGAGGGAAGAAUAUAUGCAGCCUGAAAGGAUCACAUUGCACAGGCUCUCUAGGUCAGGUGGAACCAAAGUCCCA